GUCGUUUAUGUGGAAAUGUGGUAGACAGGUGUACUUUGGAGCAUUGACUCAGGUUAUUUGUCAGCUCACUGUGGAAUAAUAAGGGACCGAAUUUGGUUUGACAUAUGGCUUCAUUCAUUCUUGUUCUGUUCCCAUAUAUUAUGCUGCAGACCUUUGCAGCCCCAGGAUCGGUGUUCCUGGACGAGGAGAAAGCUGACAGCAUUUUGCGGAGACACAGACGAGCAAACACAGGACUGUUUGAGGAGAUUCUGCAGGGGAAUGUAGAGAGGGAGUGUAUAGAGGAGACGUGUGUCCUGGAGGAGGCCAGAGAAGCCUUUGAAAAUGAUGAAAAGACAAUGGAGUUUUGGGCAAGUUAUAUUGAUGGGGACCAGUGUAAAUCAUCACCCUGUCAAAACCGAGGCACAUGUGAAGACCAGAUGGGCACAUACACCUGUAACUGUCUACCAGGCUAUGUGGGCAAAAACUGUGAAAUAGUGACUGCCAAAAAGUGUGAGGUUGAUAAUGGAGGCUGUGAGCACUUCUGUGUUGUGAUGGAGACUCAGGGGACUGGGUGUCAGUGUGCAUCUGGUUACAAAAUCAAAGAGGAUGGACUCGCGUGUGAACCUAUAGCUAAGUUUCCAUGUGGCAAAGUCAUUAAAACAGCUGUAAGAAAGAUUCCCAGUGGUCCCACCUUUGUCACGGAUACAUCUGCACAGUCUUCCAAUAAGACAAUCAAAUCCACAUCCAGCACUUCCAAACCGGACAACUGGACAACCCCUGCAGAUUCUAAACAAAAAGACAGCAAAGUCCCGCCAUCUUAUGUUAAACUUCCCAGAUGGGUCUUUGAUGAUUAUUUGACGUCACCUGCACCGACAGUAAGUGCUCCAAAAAGUCGUAUUGUUGGUGGCAAUCCUGCUGUACCUGGAGAAAUCCCUUGGCAGGUGGCGCUAGUGGCGCGCUCAACACAGCAGGUGUUCUGUGGAGGCUCUAUUCUCAACCAGUUAUGGGUCAUUACUGCAGCCCACUGUCUGAUAGGAAGCAAGAAUGGAUCUUUCUAUGUCAGAGUUGGGGAGCAUGAUGUCUCCAAGACAGAAGGCACAGAACAGAAUCUGAAUGUCACCCAUUUCAUCUCACAUCCCCGUUAUGACUCCAAAGUAAGCCCUUACAAUCAUGACAUUGCCUUGUUGCGGCUGCGCACCCCCAUUCGUUUUACCCCAACUGUACGUCCCAUUUGCUUGGGACCCAUGCUAUUCUCCAACUCACUGCUGCAGUCUGGCUCUCUGGCUACUGUCAGCGGCUGGGGCCGUCUGCGCUUCCAAGGCCGAAGUGCAGUGACUCUACAGAAGGUUGAGUUGCCUUACGUGGACAGAUCAGUGUGUAUAGAAAGCAGCAGUGACCCGAUCACAUAUGUCAUGUUCUGUGCCGGAUACUCGGAUUCUCCUAGAGACGCAUGUCAGGGUGACAGCGGAGGACCUCACACCAUGCGCUACCAUGACACCUGGUUCCUCACAGGUAUUGUCAGCUGGGGAGAAGAAUGUGCCAGGAAAGGGAAGUACGGUGUGUACACACAGGUUGGUAACUAUUAUCGUUGGAUACAACACGUCAUGGGUGUUACUAAAGGAGUACUGCUUAAAAAUGUAGACCAGUGAUGUUGAAUUCUCAGUUUAAGAUGUCAUCUGCGAACAUGGAGUUUUUAAACCUGAAGAGGAAACAAUUAGAUUGUUUGCAAUAAGACUCUUUCACGGUGUAAAUCCUAUAAGCAAACAUAAUAUGCUUUGGAUGAUUAUAUGUUACCCAUAUUGUUUUUUCUUUGUCUUUGUAAUUGUAAUUAUUCCUUUACUGCAUAAUAAUAAUAAUAAUAAAACAGAUUCCACGGA